AUGAGGGAACUGACCUCACUUUUCUACCUCUACCUAGGCGUUCAUCAUAAAACCUACAUCACAAUCUUUAAGCAGUCUAAGCCCUCCAGUCAUGGACGAAGUACAUUGACACAUUUGACGGCUACGCCACUGCCCAGUCUUAGGUCACCGCCCGACUUUCAGAUGCAUCAAGCAUCUGAUAAGGACGAUGACACCGUCCACUUUGUGAUAUCUGUGAUCACACGUCUUCCGAUUGAAGGCCAAAUCCAACUAGCUGGCGACAAUUGUUCAUCACAUUGCUUCUCGAUCGCCGCAGCGAAUGUCAAUGCGACGUGUCCGCGGGUUGAGACGGCGCUGUGUCUUCGAACCAGCGUCAAGAACUAUGAGCAGGAUUCUGGCGAUCAGUUCAAGCCAAACUGUUGCUUUUAUGCCGUUUCGUCGGUCAAAGUCUAUCUACACAACUGGUCGAACAAGGUUCAAGAUCAGAUUAAGGCAAACAAUUACGUCAUCCCUGCCACGAAGUCCUUCCCUCAACGCAUCGAGAACGCGAAGAAGUUCCUCAACGCCCUUAAGAAGGAAGUUCAGACAGACGAAGAAGCGAAGAGCAGAGCGAAAAAGCGGCAACACAAGGACUCUGACUCAGACGACGAGGAAUUUAUACGCCCCCCAUUCGACGAAGAAGACAAGUCUUUCGUCACAUCGAUGUCUUUUAACAACGACAAGCUCGACCCGUCGAAACUCUACACUUGGAUGGUUGACCGGCAUCUGAUUUGGAAAAAGCCUACC